CAAUAAAAUUCAGUUCGACUUACCUUAAACAAAAUGAAGACGCUUUCAUCGCAGUGGAACACCGCGUCAUCGGCGCAGAAACGUGACGUAACGACGUCCCGGAAGUGCGCUCGAGCAACGUUUGUGCUGCGUGAGUUGCAUGUGUGGUGUUUUUGUUGCAGGUUUAACUGAAGUUGGAGGUGGUGUGUCAGCAUUCACAACUGGACUCAAGCCAUGUCUCUGAACAAGUCCAUGCAUCCCAGGAACCGCUACAAAGACAAGCCCCCGGACUUCGCGUACUUGGCGUCCAAGUAUCCGGAUUUCCAGCAGCACGUCCACACCAGCCUCACUGGCAGACCUGUAGUGAACUUCAAAGAGCCGGAAGCGGUCCGGGCGCUCACCUGUACUCUCCUGAAGGAGGACUUCGGGCUGACUAUUGAGAUUCCUCUGGAGCGGCUGAUUCCCACGGUUCCCCUGCGGCUGAACUACAUCCAUUGGGUGGAGGACCUCAUCAGUGGUCAGAAGCAACGGCGCCGCGGCAUUGAUAUCGGCACUGGAGCGUCUUGCAUCUACCCGCUGCUGGGAGCCACCAUGAACGGCUGGUACUUUCUAGCCACCGAGGUGGACGACAUCUGCUUCGACUUUGCUACCAAAAACGUGGAGCAGAACAAUAUGUCUGACCUUAUUAAAGUGGUCAAAGUCCCUCAGAAGACCUUACUCAUGGACGCGUUGAAGGAGGAGACAGAGAUUGUUUACGACUUCUGCAUGUGUAAUCCGCCCUUCUUUGCCAACCAGCUGGAAGCGAAGGGGGUAAAUUCCAGGAACUCACGGCGACCUCCUCCCAGCUCCGUGAACACAGGCGGGGUGACGGAGAUCAUGGCGGAGGGAGGUGAACUGGAGUUUGUCAAGAGAAUCAUCCAUGACAGUCUUCAGCUGAAGAAGCGAUUGCGGUGGUACAGCUGCAUGUUGGGGAAGAAGUGCAGCUUGACGCCCCUGAAAGAGGAACUGAGGAAGCAGGGAGUUCCCAAAGUGACUCACACAGAGUUCUGUCAGGGGCGGACCAUGCGAUGGGCGCUGGCCUGGAGCUUUUAUGAUGACGUCAUUGUUCCGUCCCCUCCGAGUAAAAAGCGGAAACUGGAGCGAGUGAAGAAGCCGCUGUCGUUCACUCUGCCGGAGCCUUGUCUGAAGGAGCUGCAGACGAAAGCCGGCGGCCUGGGCUGCAGCUCCAAAAACCCAGUGGACGCUGUUGCUGCUCUGCUGGAGAAGACCCUCACUGACCUGCGGGUGCUGUUCAAACACAUACCUUGUAGAAAGCAGGAGCAGAGCCUCUUGCUGACAGCUGUGGAAAACACCUGGAUCCACGGCCGGCAGAAGAGACGGGAUCAGAAGCGGCAGCUGCGUGAACUGCCCAGAGCACCAAGCUGCGUCACCGCCGCCGCCUCAGCAUCCACACCAACAGUCCAGUCAGAAGACAAUGAUGAUUCCAGGAGCAAAGCUUCAGAGCAGAGCGCCGCCGACCCGCCUCCAUCCGGCCAGCUGUCAGCUGACGGACACGGCCUUGCUGUGAACGCGGAUGAGGAGGGUGAACCAGGCGUUGUGGACGAGUCUGCCUGUAAAGGUGAAGACAUGGAGUCUUCCACGGAGCCUCCAUCAGAUCCACCUCAGAGUCCGGACACAGUGGAACACUUCCUGUUCAAGAACCUGCUGAACAUCAUGAUGGACGAGAGCGACGUGCUGAUAGAGAUGCACUGGGUGGAGGGUUCUAACAAGGACCUGAUGAACCAGCUGUGCACUUACUUGAAGAACUCUCUCUUCAGGUUCGUUGGGAAGCCUUAGACCCGUUUUUAGAUCAAGGUGGAGUGUUCUGUUAUGACAAAAAUAAUGAUGGAGAAGAUCACAACCUGUGUUAUUAAGAAAUAUGUCGCCUACCAAAAGUUCAGGGAGAAUCCUGAUCUGGACUGUCUUCAUGGGUCUUUUUCUUUGGUGCCCGAGGCCCAGGUCUGUCAUCCACCUGACACCAGUUUUGUGCUGUACACAUGAACGUUUUAAUAAAUGUUUUG